GGUGGUGCUACGCUCUGCAGACAGUGCCCUUUGCUGCGGAAGACUUGUGAGUGUGCCAUUCGUUCGGUAGACGUUCGCCGUGACGGUUGUUGCAGGCAGACCUGGCUCUGCAUCUCUCGUGGCUGUAUCUAUCUGUUGCUCUCUGGUGGCACAGUCUCCGGUAGCGGAAAACCCGCCAAGUAAAAAACGCUUUCCGAAGCAUGCUUUAAAUUUAAAACCCGACCUGACGCAGUCUCCAAACGCAAAGUUCUACCACAUACAAGUUACAUACAAAAAAACACAAGACAGACCAAUAAGAUCCCAACAUCAAAAAAUGUAUCGUCGCCUGGUGUCAUCUACCCAGAGCUCUGUGUCUUAAUUAAGAAACCUAUUCUUAAAACGUCAGCAAACAAAAAAAACAACUAAAGCUGUCACAAUCAAAAAUCCGCUAUACGCCACGUUUAAAAUGAAGGCUUCGCAAAGCACGCGGCCUCGUCUACGGACGCCUGCAGUUCUGGCAGCACUGCUACUACAACUUCUUCACCCUGGUCAAGGAUUUCUUACCGGUUACCGGGGAGGAGUUGGACUCGACGGUUUUGGCAUUUGUCCGGCGGACCUGCGGAACUGCUCCUGCCGCUCGUACACCGGUGCAGAAACCGAGAUCGACUGUCCGGAAGCGGACUCGACCGUCCAUCUGCGCAUCGAACCGCAUCAGUACGCGGAGAUGCGCUGUCAGCGGAACCGGCGCUAUAACUUCGAUCAGAUACCGCAGCUCGCGAUCGGUGACACGAACCGACUGACGAUCGAUGACUGUCCAUUUCCCCGCCACCAGUCCAUCCUCCAACUGGUCUCUUUCCUGGGCACCACACAGGUGAAGGUACUCUGGUUGAAGAACAAUGCGAACCAUGAGCACAGUGCGUCGCUGGUCCGAAACCACUUUGCCGGGUUGGAGAAUCUCGACCGGCUCGCUAUCAGUAACGCGAAACUCAGUGAUAUCGGACCGGAUCUGUUCGAAUACCUGCCAAACCUAACCUGGCUCGACAUGCGGGACAACAUCUUCCAACUAUCGCCGACCAUUUUCGACGCCCUACCGAAACUGCGCAUACUCGAGCUAAGCUUCAACAGUCUGGAGGAGCUUAAUCCACGAUUGUUACGCCAUCUGCCAAACCUGCAGCUGCUCACACUCUGGCACAACAAGCUGCGAACGGUCAGCCGGCAGGUGUUUGCCGGUGUACCGGAACUGGAGCGAUUGGAUCUCUCCGCAAACCAGCUGGAAUCCGUUCCGAGCGACCUGUUCGCUGAUCUCCCCCGUCUGACCGAGUUGGCGAUGGGCUUUAAUAACUUUCGCACGCUACCGGAGGGACUGUUUCGCGCAAACCGGGAACUGAGAAAACUGAAACUAGCGUCACAGCGGGUCGAACUCGAAACGUUACCACGCGAUCUGCUGCAGAAUUUGCCGGCCCUGGAGCAGGUUAAUUUGGAGCGGACGGGACUGGCCAGUCUGCCCGGUAUGCUGAUGUACGGAUCGCCCAAUAUAACCCAGCUGAAUCUCGCCUUCAACCAACUGCGUCAAUUGCCCGAGGAUCUGCUACAGGAUCAAAAAGCUCUGUACAUUCUACAGUUGCAACACAACCAGCUAACUAGCCUUCCGGAUGGAUUGUUAAAGAAUACGAUUGAGUUGCAUACUCUCCGGUUAUCGCACAACCAGAUUAGCGAACUCUCGGCAAACGCACUAAAGGCAUUGGGAAAGCUAGAGGAACUCUAUCUCGACCACAACCAGCUACAUACGAUCGAACUCCAUGCAUUCCGGUUCACGACCACCUUGCAUACGCUUCAUUUGCAAGCUAACCAGUUGUCGUUCGAAACGCUCAAUACCCUGCCUGGACCGGCGGUGGACAUCGACGAUGGAGAACCGACGGAUAUUCCCACACCGGAUGAGUUCGGUAUAUUCGUGCAGGAUGGUACCCCUUUCCAACACCUUCACCAACUGCGCGAGCUCGAUCUGUCGUCUAACUGGUUGACAGCGGUACCGCGCGAUCUGCUGCUCAACACACAUGAACUGCAGCGGCUCAAUCUAACGCGCAACAACAUCACCAGCCUGACAUACGCGAACCUGCAGUUCCUGGCACCCGCUAUUACGGUCGAUUUGCGCCACAACAGCAUCAUCGAGAUCAAUCUCGCUGAUAUGGAGCGUUUGGUACUGUUGGAACGUCGCAGCCUAGAGGAGCAAACCGGCAGAACACGCAUACUGCUCAACGAUAAUCCCCUCAACUGCAACUGUAUCGUAUACGCGUUUGCACAGUACAUACAGAACAAGCUGGCCACCGCUGUUUACGAUCGUCUGGAGCUGGUAGCGGAUACGCUGACCUGUCAAGGACCGGAGCACCUGCAAGAUACACUGAUCAAGAACGUACCGACGCGUGAGCUGCUCUGCGAUCUAGACACACCGACCACACAGAUACGCCACUGUCCUUCCGCUUGUCGUUGCUAUAUACGUCCGGAAGAUAUGGGCGUAAUAGUGGACUGCAGUGGGCAAGGACUGACGGAGGUUCCGGAACUACCUCGGCCCUCCACAUUCGGCUAUCGCUUCAUUGAGUUGCACGUCGAGAACAACAACAUAAGUCUGCUGCCGGAUACGGCGGGAACAGUGCCCGUGGGCUGGAGUGAGGUGCGUGAGCUGUACGCAUCCAACAACACUAUCACGACGCUAGCAACCACCCAGCUGCCGAACGGCUUGCGACUACUCGAUCUCAGCCGCAACAGACUCACGGAACUGAACGCGCCCAUUGCAGAAUUGCUGACGGCCAGCACCACACUGAACACACUGCGACUUGCCCACAACGACUGGACCUGCGAGUGUGAGGCGACACAGUUUGUGGCGUUCGCUCACACUAACCAGCGCCGUAUAGAGGACUUCGGACGGCUACGGUGCUCCGAUGGACGGCCGCUGGAGCACACCGCCCUCGGGGAUCUCUGCAUUGACCGUACGCACACGAUCGUGCUAGCGUGCGUCAUCGUAUCAGUGAUCGCCUGUCUAACAGCUCUACUCUCCUUUGUGUACUACACGUACAAGCUCGAGCUGAAGGUAUGGCUCUUCAAGCACGGUAUUUGCCUCUGGCUCGUUGCCGAGGAGGAACUGGACAAGGAUAAGCUCUACGAUGCGUUCGUCUCAUACUCACACAAAGACGAAGCAUUCAUCACCGAGCAUCUGGUACCGACAUUGGAGCGUGAUCCGAUGAACUUCAAGCUCUGCUGGCACGUUCGCGACUGGACACCGGGUGAAAUGAUCUCCUCACAGAUAUCAAGCUCAGUGGAGCAAUCACGGCGUACCAUUAUCGUCCUGUCGACCAACUUCCUCGAGUCCCUCUGGGGUCAACUCGAGUUCCGCACGGCACACCUGCAGUCGAUGUCCGAGCGGCGCAACCGUCUGAUCAUUGUGAUCUACGGCGACAUUGGCAGUAUCGAUGAUCUCGAGCCGGAACUGCGCGCCUAUCUCCACACCAACACGUACGUGCGCUGGGGUGAUCCGUGGUUUUGGGACAAGGUGCGCUUUGCCAUGCCCCACCCACCGAAGGUGCGCGGUGGAACCGGUGCCGGAACCGCUGUCAAGUCCGGUGUCAGUACCGCCGGCGGUCUCUUCAUGAAGCAGCUGCAGGGCGCCUCCGUGGACGACAAAAUGGAGCUUAUUAAACCGCAAACCGCGCCCGCCACACCACCCGUUCUUACCACACCGCCAACCGAACCCACCGCCUGUACUGCGCCCGCCUCCGGUCCAUUCACUAUUAGUGGCAAUGGGACUGCCGCCGGUACACCACCGGUGUACUAUCACCAGCAGUUGAAUCCGUACCGCGUCAGUGGUCACAUUAACGGUGCGUUUGUCAUCAACAGCAAUGCAAAGCAGAGUGACCAAGCCAAGCGUCUAACCGGAAAGAUAAUUCACCUGUCGAAACGAAAGUCGUGGUACUUCUCCACGAUGGUGGCUCCUGUUUGGUUUCUCAUUUUAGCCGUGUUGGUGCUCCAAGCCCAAACAAACGGUGACCAGAGCUGCAAUGGUAUGGCAUAUAGCAGUUCAGAAUGGACACUGAAAUGUCCGGGUUUCAUCAUAACUCUAACACUGCACCAAAUGCAGCAGCAGCUACAAGUGCGAUGCAGAAACAAGCCCAAUUUCGAUUUGCUGCACAACAUCACAAAUCUUCCCAAUUUUGAGUUUCAACAGCUAGACUAUUCCUACUGCCCGAUGCCGGUUGGAAAUCAAUCGCUGGUGGACUUGCUAUCGAGAUUAGUUGAUCGGGAACAGAUUAGCAAUAUAAAGAAACUUUACUUCGUCGAAAAUGCUAAAUACAGCGAACCCGCACCACUUGAACCGGCACUGUUUUCCAACCUGAACGAAUUGGAGCUGCUAUCGAUGAAUAAUUCCACCGUAUUGCCGCUCGAUAACGAGCUGCUAUUCGCACAGCUUAUCAAACUAAACUUCCUCGAUUUGCACGGUGGCGACGGUGGCACCGGUGUAGCAAAUUUGCUGUUACGCCCGCUAACCAACCUUAAAACGCUGGAACUGAUGGAGAAUGAGUUGACCGAGCUGCCGCACGGGUUGGUGUCCCAGCUAAAGAACCUCGAAUCGUUGAAUCUGUACAAGAACAAGCUUAAGCAACUUGACAAGUUUGUGGAACUGCCGAAGCUGAGUGUAAUCGAUCUCUCCGAUAACCAUCUCACCACGCUAGGGGAGGAUGUGUUUGAUGAGCUGCCAGCUAUGACGAGACUAGAGCUGAACUCUAACCGCCUGACCAGCAUGCCGGGAGGAUUGUUGAAGAAUAAUAUCAAUUUGACCAACUUCACUGCUACCAAGCAGCAAGGUACGGGACUCGUCUUGGGGAAUGGACUAUUUGCGGGGCUCAAUAAGCUUCAAGAAGUUAUACUGUACGAGUGUCAGAUAACGGAGCUACCAGAAGGACUGUUUACAGGAGCAACCGAAUUGCAGGUGCUCAAUCUGAGCGAUAACUUGCUGCAAAGUUUACCGGAGGCACUGCUGCACGGUUUAGUCAAUCUGCGGGAGCUAUAUUUACAACAUAAUGAACUGUUAACGAUGCCAGACACUCUGUUUCGGGAUACGCUUCCGUUGCGCGUUCUAAAUCUUUCCCACAACAAUCUAACGGCACUGAAUAGAGCUCUCUUGAAGUCGAAAACAAACCUGGAAGAGCUGUACCUUCAAUACAACCAACUUCAUGUGAUUGAUGUGAAAGCGUUCGAGGAUCAGGGCAGUUUACUCACAACGCUUGAUCUCAGUCACAACCGGGUGGCACUACAUGUGAACGGUAGCCCUGUGGUAUAUCAAAAUGGCAUACCAUACUCGCUGGAUCAAACUCCGUUCAAUCACCUGGACAGUAUAACCAGUCUUGAUCUGUCAUACAACGAGAUCGUCACAGUGUUUCUGGACUUUAGAAAGUUCAUGCCCGCACUGGUCGAUCUCAAUCUGUCCCACAACGGCAUCACGCAGCUGAGCGAUAUCAACUUUUCGUUCCUGUCGAAAACCGUGGUCAUCAAUCUGCAAUCGAACAACAUUACGCAGCUCGACUUUCAACAUGUUAAAGACUCCAGCCUGCCGAGAGCAAUCCUGCUGGAUGACAAUUCUCUAAACUGUGACUGUCACAUGUAUAACCUUGUGCAACAUAUACGCAGGAACGGUCACAGUGAAGCGUCAUUCCCGAUAAAAGGUGCUCGGUGCGCCAGUCCACCGGAACUUGCCUUCCGCACACCGUACAAUGUCGCACCAGCAGAUCUAAUCUGCCAGCUAGAUGCGGUGGAUACGUUCUGUCCGCGCGAGUGUACUUGCUAUAAUCGGCGGGCGGAUCGCACACUCAUAAUGAACUGCAGCGGUCAAAAUCUAACUGUCAUGCCCGCCAUUCCCAGUCCGGCGGUGCUGCGGGACGAUGAUUAUAGCUACAUCGAGCUGAACCUCGCAAACAACAUGCUGCAGACGCUACCGAGGCACGGCAAAGGUUGGAACAGUGUGCGAAAAUUGAAUGUAGCAAACAACAACCUAACUACGCUACCGUACGACAGCCUACCCGAUCGGCUGGUCGCGAUUGAUGCCAGCGGUAACCAGCUGUCGAAGUUUGAUGCUCUGCUCGUCCGAGCGCUUGUAAAUCGAACCGAGCUGCGCAACGUCCGCCUGUCGGCUAAUCCAUGGAUUUGCGAAUGUGGUGAGCCACUGCUACAAUUCGUAAGCGACAACGUAGCACGCAUCACGGACUUCACAGGGCUCCGGUGUGCGAACGGCGAACCAAUCAACUCCGGCACACAGAAAGAACUCUGCGACUACAGAACAAUGCUGAUCGUGGUGCUUUGCGUGACCAUCACCUGCCUGGCAGUGUUUGGCUUUAUCAUCUACUGGCUGUACACACGCUACCAGCAUGUGGUAAAGGUGUGGCUGUUCAGGCACGAUCGGUUACGGUGGUUGGUAGCAGAGGAGCAGGUCGACCGGGACAAACGGUACGACGCAUUCAUUUCGUACUCGCACAAGGACGAAGACUUUGUCGUCAAUAAGCUGAUGCCCAGGCUCGAGUCGGAACCGAUGAAUUUCAAGAUCUGCUGGCACGUACGCGAUUUCAUGCCGGGAGAGUUGAUUUCCUCGCAGAUUACCAAAGCGGUAGAAGAAUCGCGGCGAACCAUCAUCCUGCUGUCGCCAAACUACAUCGAAUCGGUUUGGGGCCAGAUGGAGUUUAACACCGCGUACCUACAGUCGGUAGCGGACAAGCGCAAUCGUGUCAUACCGAUCAUCUACGAAGAUAUUGGCGACAUAGAUACGCUCGAUGCGGAACUGCGCGCGUACCUAAAAACCAACACAUACGUGCGGUGUGACGAUCCGUGGUUUUGGGACAAGCUGCGGUACGCAAUGCCCCACCCGUACCGUCUCAAGGGCGUACAGGCGUCCAACAACAUACGCAUGGCAUCAGUCGACAAGCUAAACCUGCUGCAAACUGCCACGCAGAUGACGGCACCAUCGCUUGAAAGCACACCGCCCAUCGAACUCACACCGAACAAGCGAUGUCCCAACGGUGAGCCACUAGCUAGCUUUAGCGAUCCUUCCAUGCUUAAAUCCGAACCUCCGUACAUCAUUAGCAACGGUAAGGUCGAUUCAGUCAACUAGCACUAAAUAGUUAGAUACAAAAUCGGACAACGUUCGCCAACAUUAUCUACCGAUGCGCCAUGUAAUCUUAAAACAAAGAAUUUCAUUACCGUUAUUGCAUCAGGCAGUUGCUUAAUGUGGCAAAAGACAAUUAGAUAUGUUAAAAGAACCGGACGGUUGACAUGGUGUAACCAUGUGAUAUCAGCAUUCUAAUUGCUACAAUAUUCACUGUUGCUGUACCGAAGAUAUUACAUUAUCAACACUUCUCAGUACCUCUCGAAUGUUUCAUCUACUGCACGUGUAGCUCUAGCUUGUGAAUGUUAAAAUAUAAUGUGUAUAUAUUGAACAAAACGAUACAGAAAGGU